UUAAGGAAGUGGCUACGGAACCGGUACCGGUUCCCAUUUUCAAGGUCUUAUAGAACCGGCAUGAUCACGUGGUGCCUAAACCACGCCCGUUUACACACGUGCUUAAUCAUGGCAGCUGUCUUUUCAAAGUCUGUUUCUUCUGCCGAACAUUCUGAAGCUAAAGCUCGGCCCCAAGUACCUUCUUUCGUGCUUGGGGAACGAUUUGAGUCUUAUGAUGAGCUGGAAGCUAAGUUGAAGCAGUAUGAAAAAGCUACUUAUACUCAAUGGUGGAAAAGGGAUUGCAGGACAGUAGAUGCCGCUAAAAGGCGUGUAAACCGACAACUCUCUGACAAGAUACGAUAUUAUGAAGUUGUAUUUAAGUGUAUCAAUGGUGGGAGAAAGUUCAAAUCUAAAGGAGAAGGGAUACGAUCAACAAUGACCUUUCGUCAGAACUGCCCUGCAGAGUUGUCUUUGAUAGCAUCAGAGGAUGGAAAUGGAUUGGUUGUGAAGAAAUUCUUGGAUGAACAUAACCAUCCUGUUAACAAGGUAAUUGUAAUGUCAAGUGUUAAUAGUUAA